GUAAACAAAUGGAGGAACGCACUGAAGUUUAUAAAUAUUUGCCAAAAUACAAAGAAAUUGAAAUUAUAUUGGAAAAUGAGCCUGAAGCAAAUUACAUACUUGGCUUGGCCGCAACAGACGUUGAAAAUGCAAACUCAAAAACAUAUGAAUACAACGAGGAAGUGUACUACUUGGUCUGUAGUUUAGCGGAGAAAUGCUGGGAACGCAUACACACUGGGCACUUCAGUGCAGUGCCAUUGGAAGUGCGUAAAAUUUAUGCUCUAUCCAAUUAUUUUAAAAUAUUCUAUUUGCUUUGCGAAAGUGUUUCCCAAAAACAAUUAAUGCGUUGUGCCGAAGUGCUCGACGAGGCUAUACUGAUUGGCUGCACACAAGGAUUGUAUGAAGGAAGUGACGAGUUCCAAAUCCAACUAACAAACUACAUUAGUGAAGCUUUAGAAGAAAACACUCAGACACCACUACCAAUCAUCGAUACACUCAAGCGGCAACAACUUAAAUGCGACAUACCAGUUUUAGACUGUCCCUCAAUAGAGGAUUUUCGCACAGAAUGUUUUACAACUGAACGUCCCGCAUUGCUACUCAACACGAUAACGCAUUGGCCGGCUUUGCAAAAGUGGCGUGAUCUUAAUUACAUACACAAACUGGCGGGUAAUCGCACAGUGCCUAUUGAAAUUGGUUCUAAUUACACCACCGAUGAAUGGUCACAGCAGUUAGUGAAAAUACGUGACUUUCUCCAUCGUCAAUUCACAAACACUGACAAUGAAAUCGAAUAUUUAGCACAGCACGAGUUGUUCGAUCAAAUACCUGCGCUUAAAGCCGAUAUACGCAUACCGGACUAUUGUAUCUUGCGUACGAGUGGUUCCGAAAGUCCUGCGCACGUGUCCAUAAAAGCGUGGUUGGGUCCUAAGAAUACCAUAUCACCGUUACAUUAUGAUCCCGAACACAAUUUAUUGUGCCAAGUGUUUGGUAGAAAGCAUAUAAUCUUGGCAGCACCAGCAGAUACACCGAAUCUUUAUGCACACGAUUCGGAAAUGCUUUGUAAUACCUCGCAAUUGGAUGCAGCGCAGUUAGACUUCGAAAAAUUUCCGUUGGCGGUGAAAGCAACCUUUUAUAAUGUUACUUUGCAAGCUGGUGAUUGUCUUUAUAUACCGCCGAAGUGGUGGCAUUAUGUGCGUGCCGAAAGCGAGAGCUUUUCGGUCAGUUUUUGGUGGUCAUGAAUUAAGUAUGUUUUAUUUGAGAACUAAAUGAAAUAAAGUUUGUAUGUAAAUCACUUUAAGUGCCGUUAUAUACUUAAUAAAUAUUUAUGACUAAAAUCAA